AAUGUCAAUUUUCCUUCGAACCCCUCGAAAACCAGCGCCUUCUAUAUUUCCACCCCAAAAAAGUAUAAAUCAGCACACACCGAGAAAACCUCUCCUGAAGCCACGCCAAUAUAUUUUCUUUUAAUCAUAAAUAAAUUUCGAAAAUUGUUCAUCAACAAAGAGAAAGAUGACUCGGGCAUCCAAGAGAAAAUCCGACCAUCAAACUUCUGAAUCUGUGAAAAGUGUUCGCACCGAUUCUGUUCGUUCUGCUUCGAGUAAAGCUGCGAUGAAGUUGCAAGAACGCAUUGAUGAACUUUACAACAAAUACGCAAACACAGCGUCGGCCAUAAUUGACCCAGAAGGCAUCGAGAAACUAUGCUCUGAUUUACAGGUGGAUUAUACCGAUGUCAGGAUUUUGAUGCUUGCUUGGAAAAUGAAUGCUCAAAAGCAGGGAUAUUUCACUCAGGAUGAAUGGCGACGAGGGUUUAAAGCUCUUAAAGUCGAUACUAUAAAUAAACUGAAGAAAACACUACCGGACCUUAAGAAAGACGUCUUGAAGUCGGAUAAUUUCGUGGACUUCUAUAACUAUGCUUUCCGUUACUGUCUAACAGAAGAAAAGCAGAAAUGCUUAGACAUCGAGAGCACCUGCAUAUUAAUAGAUAUGGUUUUAGGGUUCCAAUAUCAGCCCCAAGUUGAUUCCUUCAUUAAAUUUCUUAAGAUCCAAAGUGACUACAAGGUGAUGAACAUUGAUCAGUGGACAAACUUUCUUCGAUUUUGCCAAGAGAUAAGCUUUCCGGACCUUGCGAAUUACGAUACGGGCGAAGCGUGGCCUUUACUUCUCGAUAAUUUUGUUGAAUGGAUGAAACAAAACGCAAAUGUAGACUCCCCCUAAUGUUUCUCGAGUUUCAGACAAGGUUUUGCAGAAUCCUAAAUAUUGAGCAAGGCAUACUUCCUUGGACUAUACGCUGAAGGUCACCUGUACGAUUUUUGAAUUUUUUUUUUUUGAUUUUUUUUUCGAUAUAACUAUAGUUUGCAAGCUGUUAUGGAGAUCGUUACACAUUUUCCAAGUUUUUGUAUCAAUUGACACGUAAAAGUUGGGGAAUCAUUUUUUGAAAUAUACAUGAGAAAUGGAUGCUAUGUUGCCUAA